UCCCUCCCUCCCUCCCUCCACCACUUCUGUCACUCUCUCCAUUUCCAAAGGAGGGAUCUGUGAAUCAAGUGCAACAGAAGAAGAACAUGAGUCUCGGGGAAUGAUGCCGCUGCCGUUUGUGCCACCCUCCCUGUCGCCAUGACGAUGCCGCUCAGCCCCCUCUCCAGUGACGAGGAGCAGCAAAGGAUGCUGGGAAACAAUAGACAUCUAUAUCCUGGGGCAGAGGACGAGGAAGAGGAGGAGGAGGAAGAUGAAGAAGAGGAGGGUGAGGAAGAUGACCGUGAUGAGGAGGGAGAAGAUGGGGAGAACGGCGAGCUGGAGGGAGAAGAGGAAGUGGAGGAAGUCAGGCGAGGAGGAGGCAUGUCGCGAGGAGGCAGGGAUGAGGGGCACAGGCAAUUAGGCAAAAUGGCUGGACGACCCACAGGAGACAGACAGAUACGACCCGGCAACAUCGGGCACACAGUAAACCCUUAUUCAUCCAACCAUGGACCCACCCAUCAACAGCCAGCCAAUCAGCAGCAGCAGCAGAAGAGGCUGAGAGAGCAUAGCUCCAGCAGGGCGCCGUCAGAGGACGCCCACAUCGCCAUGAUGGUGUUCCGCAUCGGCAUCCCCGACAUCAAACAGACGAAGUGUUUGCGGUUCAACCCGGAUGCGACCGUUUGGAAGGCCAAGCAGCAGGUGCUGUGUUCUCUGACCGAUUCGUUGCGGGACGUGUUGAACUACGGUUUGUUCCAACCAGCCACCGAAGGCCAUGACGCCAAGUUCCUGGAGGAGGAGAAGAUGCUGAGAGAGUACCCACAAUCCUUUGAGAAGGGGGUACCAUAUCUGGAGUUUCGUUACAAGACCAGAGUGUACAAACAGACCAAUCUAGAUGAGAAACAGCUGGCUAAGCUGCACACUAAGGCCAGUCUGAAGAAGUUCAUGGACUACAUCCAAAGUGGCUCUGUGGACAAGAUGGCCAAGUUCUUGGACAAAGGGCUUGACCCCAACUACCAGGACCCUGACACGGGAGAAACCCCCCUGACGUUGGCGGUGCAGUGUGAGCCGGGGGGAGGGGAGGCCAUACGGGGGCUGGUGCUGGGAGGGGCUCAUCUUGAUUUCAGGUCCAAGGACGGACUCACACCUCUACACAAGGCUGUCCGCAGCCACUGCCACACAGCCUUGCUGACCUUGCUGUCUCUGGGUGCGUCUCCGGACUAUAAGGACCGGCGGGGGCUGACUCCGCUCUACCACACUGUGCUGACAGGGGGCGACACCUCCUGCUGUGAGACCCUGCUCCACCACCGCGCCAAGCUGGCCAUCAGGGACGAGAACGGCUGGGAUGAGACACACCAGGCCUGUCAGAAUGGCAACGCCCAGCAUCUGGAGCACCUUCUUUUUUACGGGGCAGACUCCACUUCCCAGAAUGCCUCAGGAAACACUGCCUUGCACAUUUGUGCUUUAUACAACAAGGACAGCUGUGCACGAAUUCUACUUUACAGGGGAGCCAAUAAAGACACAAAGAAUAACAGUGGGCAGAACCCAUUUCAGGUGGCUGUCAUGUCCGGCCAUUUUGAGCUUGGAGAGAUUAUCAAAAACCAUCGGGACACGUAUUUCCUUUUCUUGGAGUCUCCCAAAUACGCCCCUCAGAGGCGAGAGAGUGCGCCGCGCACCCUGGCGCUGCCCCAGCCUCACCCCUUCCUGCGUGCCAACAGUGAUAACAGUAUGAACCUGCCUGACUGGAUGGCACUGCCAAAUACACCAGGCUCCAACAUUGUGUCUGUACAGGGCUAUAAGCAUUCAGGUACCAUGCGGAGCUCCAGUAGUCCCCGUGGGGCGCGGACUCGCUCCCCGUCCCGAGGGAGAGCAGGGGAAAAGGAGGACAGGAGUCGGCAGAGUCGGAGGCAGGGAGGAAGCGGAGGGGAAGGAGAAGGAGGGGGAGCAGGAGGAGGAGCAGGAGGGGCGGGGUCUGUCAGCAGCAAUACGGUUACAGCAGCAGGGGGCCAGCGGAGGCGUCUCUACAGCGCCGUCCCAGGACGUGUGUUUGUGGCCACGCGCUCCCACUCCGCCCAGGGAGACAGAGAGAUUAGCAUCAGCAAGGGAGACAAAGUCAAAGUGCUGAGUGUGGGCGAGGGAGGGUUCUGGGAGGGCACGGUUAAGGGACGGACCGGCUGGUUCCCCUCAGACUGCGUAGAGGAAGUGGCAGUCCGUAGCCAGGACAACCGCUCAGAGAGCCGCAGUGAGAAAGCCAAGAGACUGUUCCGGCAUUACACCGUGGGCUCCUACGACAGCUUCGACGCUCCCAGUCUUAAGUAUGAAGGGGCUGGGAGAGCUAGGCCCUUACUCUCUCUCUCUCCAUCGCUCUCUCCUCCUCUCCUCCCCUCCCUCGGCUCGUACUCGCUGCUCUCUCGCUGGAAGACGAGAAGGAGGAGGAGGAGGGGGGGGGAAAUGGCGAUGGGGGGAUGCGGCGAGGAGGAUCUCUCCCUCUCGUCUUCCUGGCCGUCGCUAGGCCCCAUGAAUAGGAGUGUCUGGUUCAUUUACAGUGACUAUAUCAUCAAGGAGAAGACAGUGCUUCUGCAGAAAAAAGACAGUGAGGGUUUUGGCUUUGUGCUGAGAGGAGCCAAGGCUCAGACCCCCAUCGAGGAGUUCACUCCCACCCCAGCCUUCCCAGCACUGCAGUACCUGGAGUCUGUCGACGAGGGAGGCGUGGCCUGGAGAGCCGGUCUGAGAAUGGGAGACUUCCUCAUUGAGGUGAAUGGUCAGAAUGUGGUGAAGGUGGGCCACAGGCAGGUGGUCAACAUGAUCAGGCAAGGUGGAAACGCCCUCAUGGUCAAGGUUGUCAUGGUAACACGCAACCCUGACAUGGAGGAUGGCCAAAGAAAGAAAAUCCCCCAGCAGAGUAAAAGACUAAGCACUCCGGCCAUCGCUCUCCGCUCCAAAUCCAUGACCUCAGAACUGGAGGAGAUGGUGGAGAGAGCUGCUACCCCUUGGAAAAAAAAAUCAGAAUUCGAGUCUUCACAAGUUACAGAGAAGAAGAGGACAGUCUAUCAGAUGGCUUUGAAUAAACUAGAUGAGAUCCUGGCAGCAGCUCAGCAGACAAUCAGCACCAAUGAGGGGCAAGGGACGCGGGGUCAGGAGGCAAGGAGAGACAGGAGCCGGGGCUCCUUUUACGCCAAUGAGCCAAAUUACGACCAAUCAGAAAUGGGGAUGACAGGGCUGGGCUAUGACCGCGCCCAGUUCACAUCAGGCCACGCCCCUCCACAUGGUAUGCUGCGACAGAAAUCCAUCGGGGUGACUGAAGAGGAGAAGUCCCAUCUCAAUCCUCCGGCCAUGAAGUUUGCCCGAAGUCUCUCGGUUCCCGGCCCAGAUGACAUCCCCCCACCCCCCACCACCGCCCCGCCAGACCCCCCCUUCUCCUCCGCCCCACCCCUGGGCUGGAGAGGGGGCAAGUCUUCCCAGCAGCCCUCUGUGGCCGUGUCCCAGUCCACCUCCACGGCAGCCCACUACCAGCUCUACUCUCAGUCUGUGCACUUCACCCACGGGGGCCGCGAAAGGGCAGCGGGGCCCAGUACCGGCGCUGGAGGAGGAGGGGUGGACCACACGCACCAGUACUCUAAUGCCCCCGCCCACUCCGCUCAGAGCAGGACUGCCUCUAGGAAAGGGGGCUACCCAGGGGAGCCUGUUGGAUCUGGUGGGGGAGGAGGAGUGGGGGGGGGCAAGGCUGCAGGUCUAAGGAGGGGCUACAGUAACGCCGCCCCACCCUCCAGCAGUGCCACGGUGAUGCCCCAGCAGCAGCAGACCACCCAGAGCCAGCCGCAGAGGGCAGACCGCAGUGCGGCUGGGGGGGCUGGAGAGGGGGUACCUAAAGGAGGGGGGGCGCGGAGAGGGAAGGGCCCUCUGGUGAAGCAGUCCAAGGUGGAGGACCUGCGGGCUGGCCAGGGCACGCUGGGGGGCAAGGCCCCAGUGGAGAAGAGCUCCAUCCCCAUCCCCACCAUCAUAGUCAAGGCCCCCUCCAUCAGCAGUGGCAGUGGCCGCAGCAGCCAGGGCAGCAGUGUGGAGGCUGAGCCCACCCCACCAGGGGAGACUGAUAGAACCCAACCCCUCCACGGACCCCCUUCCACCCCAGCCCCGCAACCCCCUGCUCCCCCCUCCACUCCGGCCCCUCCACCGCCCUCCCUCCGAGGCCAGGAUGGUGACUUCACCAGCCAGUUUGGGGCGGCCAUCGUGGGCGCAGCCCGCCGGGACAGGGAACGCUUCCAUGAGGCCCGCAGGAAGAGCGCCUCCAUCUUCAUGUCUGCUGAGGAGGAGGUGGGGCCAGGGGGGAGGAGGAGGAGGAGUGGCAGUGGCCCCUCCCCACGCCUCCGGCCCUCCAAGUCCAUCGACGAGGGCAUGUUCUCUGGGGACACCUUCAUCCACCACACCCGCAGCAUGCCCCCUGCCUUCGGCCUGCCAGAGUACUCCUCCCCAGCUCCCGACUACCAGCCCAAGUCUGUUCCGGCUGACUUCUACGGGGCAUCAAGCCGGCAGCAGCAGCAGGUCCCCUCUGGCACCACCUUCAUCCACCCCCUGACAGGAAAGGUCCUGGACCCCUCGUCCCCCCUGGGCCUGGCCCUGGCUGCCAGGGAGCGGGCCCUGAAGGACGACGGCAGGAUGAGGAGGGAGAGAGGGACCGAGCACCAGUUUGUACGACAGAUGUCCAGUGUGGUGGCGUUCCCCUCCCAGGCCACCUCCCCCACACCGGCUUCCUCAGCCACCCAUUCCUCCAGCUCCUCCUACCUGGUCACCUCCUCCUCCCUAGCCGCCACCACCUCCUCCACCGGCCGACCCCCCUCCCCCAGGAUCCUCAGGGGUGCAGGCUGGGGUGAGGAGGGGGGAGGAGGGGAGCGGGAAAGGGAGGGCGGCGGGGCCAGAGAGGGGCUGAGGGUGCGCUUCUCUGAGGACAAAACAGUCCACACACAUCACUACCAGUCCCAGCACUACCAACCCACUUACAGGGAGGAAAGACAGAGGGAGAGGUCGAGAGAGAGGGAAAGGUCGAGAGAGAGGGAGCGGGACAGAGAGGGGUACAUGAGGCAGCAGACAGCCCCUACCCAGCAUCCCCCUCAGCUGUCGUCCCAGCAGCCUCGCCAGGCCUCGUUUCUGAGAAUGGAGAGUGAGGCAGGCUACAUCCUGUCUCUCACCCCUCCAUCUCCCCCCGCUACAGCCGCCCCGUCUCACCCUCAGGGGGGAGGGGGUUCCGGGGGCAGUGGCCUCAUGGUUCUGCCGCCCCCUGCCCCCUCGGUGGAUGUGGAUGAUGAGUUUGUGUUUGCGGACCCACUGCCCCCUCCGCUGGAGUUUGCCAACAGCUUUGACCGGGGUGGAAUGUCAGGUUACACACACCGCGCCAUUAUCAACAACCUGGCCUCCCGCCAGCAGCAGCCCCCACCGCCUCCCCCUCCUCCCCCACCACCCCCUCCAAAAGACAUGUUUAUCAGUGGGUUCCCGGCCCACACCCCCCUACCCUCCCCACAGGCGGGGGACUCCACCACCUCCAGCCUUACCUCCUAUGACAGUGAGGUGGCCAACCUGACCCAGUCAGGAAACUCCCCCACUCAGACAUCACCCAACCCCCUUCCUCCACCCUCACCCUCCGGCCUCCAGCCCACAGGACCCCCGCCUCCCCCCUCUGUCUCCCCCCCACCCCCACCCAGCUCCUUUCACAGACCCUCCCUUGCCAUGACCCACUCUCACCACCUCUACAACAGCACGCACACCGGGCGCUCCUCCACUUCCCAUGGGCGUUCCUCCCCCACUGCUCCUCCCAAAGGUCGCUUCUCCCCCACCCAGGGUCGCUCCUCCCCCACCCAGGGUCGCUUCUCCCCCACCCAGGGACGCUCCUCCCCCACCCAGGGUCGCUCCUCCCCCACCCAGGGUAAGCUCAUCCCCACCCCUCCUCCCCACUCCAUUGCAGGGCCCCCAUCCUACCGUGGUCCCCCUCCCAUCUCCUCCACCGCAGCCUCCUCUGGCCCCUUCCGGGGCUCUGCAGCCCUGACCUCCACCGCUCCCUGUACCACCACCACCACCACCACCGCCGCCACCACCACGAGGACCUCAGUCCAGCCCCACCAGGACAGGACACACCCAGCCCCCUCUGGUUCUACAGCGGCCGGCCGCAGGAUAGGGGAGCACCACCCUCACCCCACAGCUAAGGCAGGUGAGUCCCAGGAGACGGUGGUGGACUCUGGGAUAGAGGAGCUGGACAGCCGCAGCAGCAGUGACCACCACCUGGACAACAUCCUGGCCAUGAGCGGAGGAGCCAGAGAGAGGCUGGAAGAGAGGCUGGAGAGAGGGAGGGAGGGAGGAGGAGGAGGGGAGGGAGACAGGGCGGGAGGAGCAGACCUCCUGGAGUCGUACAUGAGCUACCUGGACGGACAGACGUUUGAAUGCACAACGCCACGGCCGCCGUCUCCACCUACCCCAAAUCAGGCAGGUUCAGGGAGGGGGGCCGCGCGGCCGAACUACGCAGAGAGACCAGUACCGCCCCGCCCUCCUUCCAGUCACACAGACGGAGGGAGGAUGAGGAAGAGGAGGAGGAGGGCGAGGAAGGAGAGGAGGAGGACGAUGGAGGACGGGAGGGUUAUGGAGGGUCAGUUAGUAGGGGACCAGGGGACCUACCUGGAGGGUCGGAUGCUGUACCCCCCCAUGUCCAGCAUGAAGGCCAGCAUCAUCAAUGAGCUCAGCAACAAACUGCAGCAGAGAGGGAGCCAGAGAUCGUUAACCCGCCCUGUCCCUGUCCCCCACCCCUUCCUCCCAGUACCCCAACUGGAACCGUCCCUCCUCCCCCCAGCCCCCUGUGGCUGCCGUACAGCCCCCUCCACGCUCCCACUCCCCCUGUCCUCCCCCACCUACUCCCCUUAUCCCACCUCCCCUAAACACCGGCCUGUGUAUCGCACCAAAGCCCUGGAGUUCCAGUUCAUUCCAAGUAGAGAGUCCAGGAAGGCAGAGUCCCAUCACCUGCAGCGUAGGAGAGCCCCCAGUCCACUCAUCUCCCCCUCAGAGAGGCCCAAACUGGGUCCACCCCGCCCCUCCUCCCUCCCCCUCCUCCCCACCACACCCCUCUACAGCAGCCUCUACGAGCUCCGUGGCUCUAUGACCCCGCCCUCGCCCGCUAACCACAUGGGGGACCCCUACUUCUCCCCCUCCCCUCCUCUCUUCGCCCCCUCUGGCGCCCCUCCUCCCCCAAACGCCUCCCUCUCAUCCCCUCCCCUGCACCCUCUCCCCGCUCCCCCCUGCCUGAGCUACCCCCACCUCCCUCCCCCGUCCCCCUCCAAGCCCUUUGCCUCCAAGCCACUGCCUUAUUGGACCAAAUACGACGUGGCUGAUUGGCUGGGAUACCUGAACCUGGGCGAGCACAGGGAGCAUUUCCUGGACAACGAGAUCGACGGCACUCACCUGCCCUCCCUCACCAAGGAGGACUAUCUGGACCUGGGUGUGACGCGCGUCGGACACCGCAUGAACAUUGAACGUGCUCUGAAGAGAGUGACUGACAGGUAA